UUGUCAAUCAACAUUCUAAUGGCUCUUAUUGGUCCAGAGGUGAAAAUACAAAAGCAUCUGCUUUACGGCAAAGCGUAAACGAGAGUGUUCCAGAAAAUAUCAGCGACGGAAGAAUAUUUUUCAUUCUCUUGCAACUUUCUAUACAGUGAAAAUGAUCGAGGUGGUUUGCAACGAUCGUCUUGGCAAGAAAGUCCGAGUCAAAUGCAACUCAGAAGAUACCAUUGGAGAUCUGAAGAAGCUCAUCGCAGCUCAGACAGGAACGCGAUAUGACAAGAUAGUAUUGAAAAAAUGGUAUACCAUAUUCAAGGACCACGUGACUCUUGGAGACUAUGAAAUUCACGACGGGAUGAACCUGGAGCUGUACUACCAGUAGAUGAAAAGCGGACGAGAAAGAGGACCACAACUCGAGAGAUGCUCAGACACAACUUCAUAAACACAAUGCAGUAGGAAGCUUCUGCAUCCUCCAUACAGCUGAGAGGAGGCGCCAUCUACAGGGCGAAAUACAACCUGUCCCAUGGGUCUGAGCAUAGCUAGAUGUGAAAGAUAUGUUGUUCCUAUCAAAAUCCAUUUGUUUUGACGUUUUGUAAAUAAAUGUGGCUUACACACAAGAAAAAAA